AUGUGUUCCGCAUCAUUCUCAUCCAUCCCAUGUCCAGCAAAGAGUUACAAAGUAUUUGUGAGUUAUAAAAACAAAGAUACUAGCGCACGCUUUGUCUGCUACUUAUUUGCUGCUCUAAAGAAGAGAGGGAUUUACACCUUUAGAGAUGACACAAAAAUGGAGAGAGGGAAAGAUAUAUGGAUAAAGCUAGAGAAGGCAAUCGAGAUGUCAAUGAUUGCAGUUAUCGUAUUCUUGAAAGACUAUGCUGCUUCAGAGUGGUGUCUGAAUGAGUUGGCGAAGAUCAUGGAAUGCAACCGGAGCUCGCAACAAAUUGUGCUUCCCAUUUUCUAUGAUGUGGAUCCGAAGUGCAAGACCUAG